AUGGAUAUAUUCAAAGAGGAGAACAGUCAGAAUCAUGCAGCUUUACAUCGGUUUAAUGGCAAAAAUUUUCGCUUGUGGAAAUUUCAAAUGGAAGCUGCUUUGAGAGGUCAUGGAUUAAAAAAUUAUGUUAAUAGGACUGAAGUGCAGCCUGCAGCUAGUGCGACUACUGAUGCUCGAGAUUUGUGGCAAAAACGAGAUGGGAGAGCUAUGACGCUGAUCAUAGGGGCUAUGGAGCCAGAUAUUGUGGAGCAGUUUGUGGAGUGUAAAACGUUCAGGGAAUUAUGGGAUGCGCUGUUUGAUUUGCACGAGAAGAAGAGUGCAGUGAGUGGUAUGACACUUUAUGAAGAGUUUUUCGCGUUAAAAAUGGUAGAAGGCGAAAGUGUGACUGCGUAUGUUAAAAAGGUUCCUAAAAUAGCGGCAGAGUUGGAAAGUCAAGAGGAGGUACUUUCAGAUAAUCUUCAGAUGAUUCGAAUUAUUAGCACUCUUACUCCAAUGUUUAAAAAUUACAAGACAGUUUGGUAUAACAAGUCUAAUAAGAGUUUGAAGACAUUGCUAGGAGAGUUAAGGUUGGAAAAGGAUCAGUUGAAUAAGGCAGAUCAGACUGAGAAUGUUGAGGCGGCUUUUGCUACGAGGGGGAGUGUGGCAGGCCAUAGGAGAGAAACUGGUCGCGUUUCUAACGGUAAGAGUGAUUAUAAGUUGGUCGCUGCUUUGAAGAAGACGAUGAAGUGCAAUUGCUGUGGAGAGGUAGGACACUGGGCCACCGAGUGUUCUAGAAGUUCAAAGAAUCGGAAGAGUCGUUUUGGUCAGCAUCAGAAGACGAGUGAGUGUACUUUUGUGGCCUCGAUUGAAGAUGUUAGGUUGGCAUCAUAUACAGAGGUCUGGUUGAGUGAUUCUGCGGCUACAGCUCACAUGACAGGUAGAAGAGAUUGGUUUAAUGAGUUGACGGUUCAAGAUACAGGUUCAUCGGCAGUUGUUGCUAAUGGGGUUACACCUCGGGCUCGUAGAACUGAUAGGGGUUUAGAGUUCAUUAAUUCAGAAUGGUUCCUGAGUAAGCCAGCUUUGGGACAUGUUAAGACCUUCGGGACUCCUGGUUUUGUGCAUGUUCCAAAACGGAGGAGGAAAAAGUUAGAUCCAAAAGCUGAAAAAAUGUUUUUGGUUAGGUUUAAGUCAACUUCAAGGAAUUAUCGGAUGUUCGAUCCGAGUACUGGGAAGUUUGUUAUCACUUGUGAUGUUGUCUUCAACGAGGAGAAGGUUGAGAAUGUGAAGCCAGAUGUUCCAGUGGGUCUGUAUGUUUUUGAUGAAGAAGAGGAGAAAGCUGAGGACAAGACGAAAAAAAAAGAGUUGGUUAUUCCAAAGGUGAAUGUAGAAAAGGUUCAGUCUGAGGAGAAGAAAGAAAAGGAGAAGCUUCUAAUUCCAGAGGUGAAUGCGGAAGAAGUUCAGACUGAUGGAGAUCUUCCAACACCUGGUGAGCAUGGAGGUAUCAGGCAGAAUACGACGUAUAGCUUGAGGCAAGUUUUGUCUCCACCUGAUAGGUUUCCAUUUAGUGCAUGUGUUUUGGAAGAAUUCUCUGCAGCUGUUGGUGAGUCUAGUACUUAUGAGGAGGCAUUGUCAAGACUAGAUGGUGCGAAGUGGAAGGCAGCUAUUCAGGAGGAGUUGGAUGCUCUAGAAGCGAAUAAGACUUGGGAGUUGUUUGAGAAACCAGAGGGUCGAGAGGUCAUAAGCUGUAAGUGGGUUUAUCGGAUCAAAACUGCACCUGACAGUACUCAGCAGCGUUAUAAUGCAAGAUUGGUCGUGAGAGGUUUUUCUCAGUGUGCAGGAAUUUAUUACAAGGAGACUUUCACUCCUGUGGUUCGCCGUAACACAAUCAGAGUCAUGCUGGCUGUUGCUGCGAUUAAAGCGCUUGAGAUUCUGGAGUUCAAUAUCAAAACAGCCUUUCUAAAUGCUGAUUUGGAGGAGGAAAUUUAUAUGGAAUUGCCGAAGGGUUGUAAACCUGAUAAUAUUGAUGUUGUUUGUCUACUGAAGAAAAGCUUAUAUGCACUCAAACAGGCUCCACGUACCUGGAAUCAGAAAUUCCUUGUGCAAAAAUUGAGAUAUCACCUUGAAAUGUAG